UGGUGAAAAUAUGCUGCAAAAUUGAGGGAAGUCGCGAGGCAGUAUGACUUGCUUUUGCAACUCCCUUGAAUCCCAUUUCUCCGCGUAUAUAAUAUCUUGAUGCUGUACAUUUUUGGUUUACAAAUAUGAUGAAAUGGCAGCCCCGGAAGAAGGCUUACUUCCGACAGGGUGUUGCCCUUCAGUACCUGGGGCGGCAUGCCGACGCGCUGGCCGCCUUCGCCUCAGGCCUGGCCCAGGACCCCAAGAGCUUGCAGCUGCUGGUGGGAAUGGUGGAGGCCGCCAUGAAGUCACCAUUACGAGAGUCCCUGGAGCCCACCUAUCAGCAGCUGCAGAAGAUGAAGCUGGACAAGAGCCCCUUCGUGGUGGUGUCGGUGAUUGGCCAGGAGCUGCUGACGGCCGGCCACCACGGCGCCUCGGUGGUGGUGCUGGAGGCCGCGCUCAAGAUCGGCACCUGCAGCCUCAAGCUGCGCGGCUCCGUCUUCUCUGCCCUCAGCAGCGCCUACUGGUCGCUGGGCAACACCGAGAAAAGCACCGGCUACAUGCAGCAGGACCUAGAGGUGGCCAAGACCUUAGGUGACCAAGCAGGCGAGUGCCGCGCCCAUGGUAACCUGGGGUCGGCAUUCUUCUCCAAGGGGAACUACCGUGAAGCCCUGACCAACCACCGGCACCAGCUGGUCCUGGCCAUGAAGCUGAAAGACAGAGAGGCGGCCUCCUCGGCACUCAGCAGCCUGGGCCACGUGUACACGGCCAUCGGCGACUACCCCAACGCGCUGGCCAGCCACAAGCAGUGCGUGCUGCUGGCCAAGCAGUCCAAGGACCAGCUGUCGGAGGCGCGGGAGCUGGGCAACAUGGGCGCCGUCUACAUCGCCAUGGGCGACUUCGACAACGCCGUGCAGUGCCACGAGCAGCACCUGGGCAUCGCCAAGGCCCUGGGCAACAAGCGGGAGGAGGCGCGGGCCUACAGCAACCUGGGCAGCGCCUACCACUACCGCCGCAACUUCGACAAGGCCAUGUCCUACCACACCCACGUGCUGGAGCUGGCCCAGGAGCUGGCUGAGCGGUCCAUCGAGAUGCGGGCCUACGCUGGGCUGGGCCACGCCGCCCGCUGCAUGCAGGACCUGGAGCGGGCCAAGCAGUACCACGAGCAGCAGCUGGCCAUCGCUGAGGGCCUGAAGGACCGUGCGGCUGAGGGGAGGGCUUCCUCCAACUUGGGCAUCAUCCACCAGAUGAAAGGAGAUUACGAGACUGCACUGAAACUCCACAAAACUCAUCUCUCCAUUGCCCAGGAGCUGAGUGACUACGCCGCUCAGGGCCGGGCUUAUGGGAACAUGGGCAACGCCUACAAUGCGCUGGGCAUUUUUGACCAGGCCGUACGCUACCACCGGCAGGAACUACAGAUCUCCAUGGAGGUCAAUGACCGCGCCUCCCAGGCCUCGACCCACGGAAACCUGGCAGUAGCCUACCAGGCCCUGGGUGCGCAUGACCGGGCCCUCCAGCAUUACCAGAACCACCUGAAUAUCGCUCGCGAGCUGAGGGACGUCCAGAGCGAGGCUCGGGCGCUGGGCAACCUGGGCAACUUCCACUGCUCCCGGGGUGAGUUCCCCCAAGCAGUGCCCUAUUAUGAGCAGUACCUGCGCCUCUCCCCGGACCUCCAGGACAUGGAAAGCGAAGGCAAGGUCUGCCACAACCUGGGUUACGCCCACUACUGCCUGGGCAACUUCCAGGAAGCCGUCAAGUACUACGAGCAGGACUUGGCACUGGCUAAAGACCUACAUGACAAGCUGAGCCAGGCCAAGGCCUACUGCAACCUGGGUCUGGCCUUCAAGGCGUUGGGCAACUUCGGCAAGGCAGAGGAGUGCCAGAAGUACCUGCUGUCAUUGGCGCAGUCGCUGAACAACUCGCAGGCCCGUUUCCGGGCACUGGGCAACCUUGGCGACAUCUUCGUCUGCAAGAAGGACAUUGGUGGCGCCAUCCAGUUCUAUGAGCAGCAGCUGGCUCUGGCCCACCAGGUCAAGGAGCGCAAGAUGGAAGCCUGUGCCUACGCUGCCCUGGGCGCUGCCUACCGGAUGAUACAGAAGUAUGACAAGGCCCUAGGCUACCAUACCCAGGAGCUGGAAGUCUACCAGGAGCUGGGCGAUGUCCAAGGAGAGUGCAAGGCCCACGGGCACCUGGCUGCCGUUUACAUGUCCCUGGGCAAGUACACCAUGGCCUUCAAAUGCUACGAGGAGCAGCUGGAGAUGGGCCAGAAGCUGAAGGACCCGAGCAUCGAGGCGCAAGUCUACGGGAACAUGGGCAUCACCAAGAUGAACAUGAGCGUGAUGGAGGAGGCCAUCGGCUACUUUGAGCAGCAACUGGCCAUGCUGCAGCAGCUGAGUGGCAACGAGGCCAUGCUGGAUCGGGGCCGCGCCUACGGCAACCUGGGCGACUGCUACGAAGCACUGGGGGACUUUGAGGAGGCCAUAAAGUACUACGACCAGUACCUGUCAGUGGCCCAGAGCCUGAACCGCAUGCAGGACCAAGAGAAGGCAUACAGAGGGCUUGGAAAUGGACACAGGGCGAUGGGCAACCUGCAGCAGUCUCUGGUGUGCUUUGAGAAGCGGCUGGUGGUGGCCCACGAGCUGGGGGAGUGCGGCAGCAAGGCGCAAGCCUAUGGUGAGCUGGGGAGCCUGCACAGCCAGCUGGGCAACUAUGAGCAGGCCAUCUCCUGCCUGGAGCGGCAGCUGGGCAUCGCCCGCGACACCAAGGACCGGCUGCUGGAGGGCGACGCCAGCUGCGGCCUGGGCGCCGUCUACCAGCUGAUGGGCGAGUAUGACACGGCGCUACAGUGCCACCAGCGCGACCUGGAGAUCGCCGAGGAGACGGACAGCCCCGGCUGCCAGGGCCGGGCCUACGGCAACCUGGGCCUCACCUACGAGUCGCUGGGCAACUUCGAGCGGGCCGUGGUGUACCAGGAGCAGCACCUGAGCAUCGCGGCGCAGAUGAACGACCUGGUGGCCAAAACGCAGGCCUACAGCAGCCUGGGGCGCACCCACCACGCGCUGCAGAACUACUCACAGGCCGUCAUGUACCUGCAGGAGGGUCUGCGUCUGGCAGAACAGCUGGGCCGGCGUGAAGACGAGGCCAAGAUUCGCCAUCGUCUGGGUCUGUCGCUCUGGGCCAGUGGUAAUCUGGAAGAAGCCCAGCACCAGCUGUAUCGUGCUUCAGCUCUGUUUGAGACAAUCCGGCAUGAGGCCCAGCACAGCACGGACUACAAGCUCUCUCUGUUUGACCUGCAAACGUCAUCGUACCAGGCGCUGCAGAGAGUCCUUGUCAGCCUAGGUCACCAUGAUGAAGCCCUGGCUGUGGCCGAGCGAGGGCGGACGCGGGCCUUUGCGGACCUGCUGGUGGAGCGACAGACGGGCCAGCAGGACUCGGACCCAUACACCCCGGUCACGGUGGACCACAUUCUGGACUCGGUCAACAGCCAGCGGGCCCUGGUGCUCUACUUCUCGCUGGCCGCAGGCUACCUGUACAGCUGGCUGCUGGCGCCCGGAGCAGGGAUCCUCAAGUUCCAUGAGGUGUACCUGGGUGAGGGCGUGUCAGAGGGCGGGGCUGAGUUCCAGGAGGGAGGCAGUGGGAGCUUACCUGGAGGAGGUGGGAGCGGCUCUUCGCUGGAGCAGCACAUUGCCAGUGCCCGGGAGGCCCUGGGUGUGGACUCCUACUACAGCAGGGGCUGUUCCAGUAGCGAGACGGAGAGUGAAGCAGGGGAUCUGUUGGAUCAGCAGUUUGAGGAGCUCAACAACAAGCUGAACUCGGUGACUGACCCAACAGGAUUCCUGCGCAUGGUGUCCCGAAACAACCUCUUCAACAGGAGCUGCCAGAGCAUGACCAGCCUGUUUAGCAACACCAUGUCCCCAGCAAAAGACAGCGGCUCAUCCCUGCCACGCCGGACCAGCGCCCUCAGCAAGCCCCCUCUCCGCGCCCUCUACGACCUGCUCAUAGCACCCAUGGAGGGGGGCCUGAUGCACUCCAGUGGGCCUGUGGGCAGACACAGGCAGCUGGUGCUGGUCCUGGAGGGGGAGCUGUACCUCAUCCCUUUCGCCCUGCUGAAGGGCAGCUCCUCCAACGAGUACCUGUACGAGCGCUUCAGCCUCAUCGCCGUGCCCUCCAUCGGGGGCCUGGGGGCCAAUGCCAAGGCGCACCCACGGCGGGCGGGGCCGGCACUGUGCGGGGGUGGCUCCAUGGCGGCGGUGGUGGGGAACCCCCGGCUCCCCUCAUCGGUGAUGGACCGCUGGCUGUGGGGGCCCAUGCCCUCGGCCCAGGAGGAGGCGCUCAUGGUGUCCGAGCUGCUGGGCUGCCAGCCGCUGGCCGGGCCGGCCGCCACCAAGGAGCGGGUGAUGAGCGCCCUCAGCCAGGCCGAGUGCGCCCACUUCGCCACGCACAUCUCCUGGAAGCUGGCGGCCCUGGUGCUCACCCCCAACCAGGAGGGGCCGCCCGGGGGGGCAGGGCCCGGGGGCGGCGGAGUGGGAGGAGUAGGGGGAGGCGCGGCCGGCGGAGGCGGAGGGAAGGCCUCCUUUGGGAACAGCUACACCAUCCCGGAGAGCCUGCGAGUUCAGGACGAUGGCAGCGAUGUGGAGAGCAUCUGUGACAGCCCGCCCCUGCAGGAGUUCCUGCUCACCGCCGCCGACAUCCUGGACCUCCGGCUGCCUGUCAAACUGGUGGUGCUCGGCUCGUACCAGGAGUCCAACAGUAGGGUGACGGCAGACGGUGUGGUGGGCCUGACGAGGGCCUUCCUAGCUGCCGGGGCGCAGUGCGUGCUGGUGUCACUGUGGCCUGUCCCCGUCGCCGCCUCCAAGGUGUUCGUCCACGCCUUCUACUCCGCCCUCCUCAAUGGCACCAAGGCCAGCGCUGCGCUCGCAGACGCUAUGAAGACCGUGCAGAGCAGCAAGCAGUUCUCCCACCCCUCCAACUGGGCAGGCUUCAUGCUGAUUGGCAGUGAUGUGAAGCUGAACAGCCCCUCUUCUCUUAUUGGCCAAGCACUGGCGGAGAUUCUGCAGUACCCGGAUAAGGCUCGUGACGCCCUGAGGGUCCUGCUGCAUCUGGUGGAGAAGUCCCUGCAGCGGAUCCAGAACGGCCAACGGAACUCCAUGUACACAUCCCAGCAGAGCGUUGAGAACAAGGUGGGGGGCGUCCCAGGCUGGCAGGCGCUCCUGACAGCCGUGGGCUUCCGGCUGGACUCGGCCGGCACCGGGCUCCCCGCCGCGGUCUUCUUCCCCAUGGCAGACCCCGGCGACCGGCUGCAGCAGUGCAGCACCACCCUGCAGUCACUGCUUGGUCUGCCACCCCCUGCCCUGCAGGCCCUCUGCAAGCUCAUCACUGCCUCUGAGACGGGAGAGCAACUCAUCAACAGGGCUGUUAAAAAUAUGGUGGGAAUGCUCCAUCAGGUGCUGGUCCAGCUGCAGACGGGUGAGAAGGAGCAGGACUUCUCUCUGGUGCCCAUCCAGGUGUCCAUCAGCGUACAGCUGUGGAGACUGCCCGGCUGCCACGAGUUCCUGGCUGCGCUCGGAUUUGAUCUGUGUGAGGUGGGCCAGGAGGAAGUUGUGCUGAAGACGGGCAAGCAGGCCAACCGUCGCACCAUGCACUUUGCCUUGCAGUCUCUGCUGGCGCUCUUCGACUCCACAGAGCUGCCCAAACGCCUCAGCUUGGACAGCUCUUCCUCUCUGGAAUCUCUGGCCUCCGCCCAGUCUGUCUCCAACCAGCUGCCCCUGGGGUACCCGAACCCGCCCUUCUCCCCACCGUGCCCCGACAGCCUGGCCUCAGAUGCCAUCUCAGUGUACAGCCUCAGCUCCGUUGCCUCCUCCAUGAGCUUCGCGUCCAAGUCGGAGAGCACCUGCGAGUUCCUGAGCCAGCGCUCUCGGCAGCAGGAGCUGGAACGCCAUCGGGGCGGGGCGGGCCUCUUCUCCUCCCACAAGCACUCUGCCGUGCCCCGCAGCCGCUCCUCCCCGCACGGGGCGGCGGGGGGCAGGAGGGAGGAGGAGGAGUACGAGGGCUUCUCCAUCAUCAGCAGCGAGCCGCUGGGCAGCCACUGCGACUCCCUCCCCCUCCCUCCAGGCCACGGGCAGCGCCACCACCCCCGGGGGGCCAGCGGUUCGGGCAGGGGGCGGAAUUAUGGGGCGUCCAUCUCCACGCGCGGCAGCGUCAGCACCCCCACCUCCCCUAUCAAGGCCAGCCUGAUCCCCAGCCCCAACUCGCCCUUCCAGAAGGUGGGUAAGGUGAGCAGCUCAGACACGGGCGAGUCGGACCAGUCCAGCACCGAGACGGACAGCACGGUCAAGUCUCAGGAGGAGAAAACAUCGGCCGGCCCGCCACUGGACCCUCAGGAGCUGGCCCAGAAGAUCCUGGAGGAGACGCAGAGCCACUUACGGGCUGUGGAGAGCCUGCAGAGGAGCGGGCCCGACGGCAUGGCGACAGGUGGGGCCUCCACUCCCACUGGAGGCUCCGCCUUCCGCUCCUCUGAGACCAGCGCAUUCAGCCGCCCCAACAGCAGCGCCAGCAUCAAGGCACAGUCCUCGCCGCUCCCCACCCGCCCCAAGCCGCCUUCCCGCACCUCCUCCCUGCAGAAAGUCAGCUCUGGCUACAACAGCCCGGCCACCUCCGAGGCCUCUCUGAAGGAGGGCGGCCACCCCUCCCCCACCCUGGACAGCCACGCCCAGGUCAAGCUCAAGUACCCCAGCUCUCCCUACAGUGGACACAUCUCCCGGUCGCCCAGCAACAUCUCACCCAGCUCAGGCCAUCAGUCUCCGGCUGGCAGCGCGCCGUCCCCCGCCCUCUCCUAUUCGUCUACCGGCUCGGCUCGCUCCAGCCCGGCUGACGCCCCCGAUCUUGACCGCCUGAAGAGGGCCGCCAUUGACGAGAAAGUGCAGGCCAUCCACAACCUGAAGACCUUCUGGGCCAACGCGGCGCAGCAGCAGCAGCAGUCAGGCCCCGUACGGGCCCUGCACAGCAGGGCCGGGGCCGUGGGCACUGCCGGGAGGGACGUCCUCAGCCUCCUCAACCUGUCGCCGCGCCACGGCAAGCCCAGUAAGGCCAGUGGCAGCCUGGAGCUGCGAGAGCUGGGGCUGCAGUCACUCGAGCGGGGCUCCAACAACCCUCCCAAUGGCCACCGCCGGCACGACCCCAGGAGAGUGGCCCCCUCUCCCACCACCUCCACCAGCAGCAGUCCUGGCGCCCGCCCCAUCAGACUGCCCGCAGGGAAUGGUUACAAGUUCCUGUCACCUGGGAGGUUUUUCCCCUCCUCCAAAUGCUGAGACACUUUAACUGGUCUUCCUCCCUUUGGUUUCUUCUGCCACUUGCUAAUGAUUAGCUAUCCCCUCCAAAGGAAGAGGCUGGGCACUUUCUGGAGGCAUUGAUUGGCCCAUUCAUGUCGGGACAUUGUAACAGACAGUGCGCUUCUGUUAUAAGAGAGGGCAGUGAGUCUUGAGUAGAAUCGUUCCAAUGCUUUGGACUUCCUAGAGAGUGUCUGAUCCCCAUGCCCUCCACUGACACUGUAAACAGCUAAGAGAAUGACUCCAAGACCUGAUACCAUGCGUGUCAGAAAGACUUAAAUACCAAGCAGUAUUUCCUCAAAAACAUUUGCUGUUUGUGUAA